CUUAGAAAUUUCUUUUGUAACCACUGCAGAAAUUACUAAAAACUUGAUUAAAAGCUCCCUGUCCUUGUUCUUGGUCUCUACCAGUUUGUUAGCACAGGCACUCUGACUAAAAACAUUAACAUGUACUUUCCCAUGGUUCUUAAUAGUAAUUUCCCAAAAUAAUUUACUCGCUUCUUGUUUUUCUAACCAGUUCCAUUCAACAGUUUGAGAAAUUGGAUUGAAUUAAGACACCUGGGUUUCUGUCUCUUAGUGUUCCCUUGAGUCUUUGAGCACAUUAAUUACUCUGUUUUCCCUUUUGUUAGGAUAAAUAUGUACUUAAUUCUGAAAACUAGGAGCAACUAGUUAAUCGAUUAAUGGUAGUUUUUCCUUAUAUAAAGUUACUAGUCCAUAGUUCUCUCUGCCUACUGUGAGAUCACCAAAAUGCUUUAAUUUUCUUAUUAAUACCUGUUGAGUGAUUAUUACUUUCCAUACUCGCAAUAUUUCCUGUGAAUUCUGAGGGAUGGAAGGAAUCUAAAAGAUUGGUCAGCAUAAGCCCUUAACUGAUAUUUGAGUGUCUUCUACAACAUCCUGUAGCAGUUCUUUUUUUAUUUGUACAGAAUGCGAUAUUUGUAAAUGAUACAAAACUCUAGUAACGUUCUUGAAGAACAAUUUUGAAGUGUUUUAUUAUAAAUGCUGUUAUUAAAAACUGAAAUUGAAUGUGAGUAUAAUGUUAAAAUGUAUUCUCUAUAAUAUUUUUAUUAUAGGAAAUAAAAUCUUUGCUUUCACUUUUUGGAGGUCAAUUUGCUAGCAGUCAGGAAACUUAUGGAAAGGUCUAUAUUUGAACUAUGGGGUCAUGGAAAAUCUCCAGAGGAGCUGUACAGUUCUCUUAAAAACUACCCUGUGGAGAAGAUGGUUCCAUAUCUACAUUCAGACUCCACGUACAAAGUAAAGAUUCAUACAUUUAAUAAAACAUUGACACAAGAAGAAAAAGUCAGACGAAUAGAUGCACUUGAAUUUCUGCCAUUUGAAGGAAAAGUGAAUUUAAAGAAGCCACAGCAUAUAUUCUCUAUUUUGGAGGAUUAUGGUUUGGACCCAAACUGCAUCCCUGAGAGUCCACAUAACAUUUAUUUUGGUAGAUGGAUUGCAGAUGGACAGAGGGAGCUUAUUGAGUCAUAUAGUGUCAAAAAGAGACACUUUAUUGGAAAUACAAGCAUGGAUGCUGGUUUAUCAUUCAUCAUGGCCAACCAUGGAAAAGUGAAAGAAAAUGAUAUUGUCUUUGAUCCGUUUGUUGGAACAGGUGGCUUGCUGAUAGCAUCUGCUCAUUUUGGUGCAUAUGUAUAUGGGACAGACAUAGACUACAACACAAUUCAUGGCUUGGGAAAGGCUAGUAGAAAAAACCAGAAAUGGAGAGGACCAGAUGAAAACAUUAGGGCAAAUCUUCGUCAGUAUGGUUUAGAGAAGUACUACCUUGAUGUCUUGGUUUCAGAUGCAUCUAAACCUUCUUGGAGGAAGGGCACAUAUUUUGAUGCAAUCAUCACUGAUCCUCCGUACGGUAUCAGAGAAUCUACGAGAAGAACAGGUUCACAGAAGGAAAUACCAAAGGGAAUAGAAAAAUGUCCAGAAAGCCAUGUUCCUGUUUCCUUGAGCUACCAUCUGAGUGAUAUGUUUUUCGACCUAUUAAACUUUGCUGCUGAGACCCUUGUAUUAGGUGGAAGACUAGUCUAUUGGCUACCAGUGUACACACCAGAAUACACUGAAGAGAUGGUACCCUGGCACCCUUGUCUGCAGCUCAUUAGCAACUGUGAACAGAAGCUUUCCAGUCACACAUCAAGGCGGUUGAUAACAAUGGAAAAGGUGAAGAAAUUUGAGAACCGGGACCAGUAUUCACACCUGUUGAGUGACCAGAUUCUGCCUUACCAAGGUCAUAAUUCCUUUCGUGAGAAAUAUUUCAGUGGGAUAACAAAAAGAGUUGCCAAGGAAGAAAAGACCAGCCAGGAGUGAAAAUUAAGAUUUCGACAAUGAAGAAAGAAUAAGGAUUUCAUGGAAAAGACAUCUGGAUGUGAACUUUCAUGUAUGAUCCAGAAAACAUGUACUUUUAAAAAUGAUUUUAUUAAAAAAAAAACUACAAA